AUGGCGGCCAACCCCUCCACCGGCGCCGACGCCCCCGCGGCCCCGGCGGCGGUGCGGCUCUCGGCGGCGGCGCAGGCGGCCGCGAUCCAGCCCUCCUCCCCGCGCUUCUUCUUCUCCUCGCUGGCCGGGACCAACCCGGCCUCCCCGCACCGCCGCAUCGCCAUCGCCGUCGAUCUCUCCGACGAGUCCGCCUUCGCCGUCAAGUGGGCCGUGCAGAACUACCUCCGCCCCGGGGACGCCGUCGUGCUGCUGCACGUGCGCCCCACCUCCGUCCUCUACGGCGCCGACUGGGGCUCCAUCCCGGUCUCCGUCGCUGAUGAGGCCGACGCCGCCGAGGACGCUGCCGCCGCCGCCGUCGAGGGCGGCCCCUCCGAGGAGGAGCUGCAGAAGAAGCGGGAGGAGGACUACGACGCCUUCACCUCCACCAAGGCGCAGGACCUCGCGCAGCCGCUGGUCGACGCCCAGAUCCCCUUCAAGAUCCACGUCGUUAAAGACCACGACAUGAAGGAGCGCCUCUGCCUCGAGGCUGAGCGCCUUGGCCUCUCCGCUAUGAUCAUGGGGAGCCGCGGUUUCGGGGCAUCCCGGAAAGGCGGCAAGGGGAGGCUUGGGAGUGUUAGUGAUUACUGCGUACACCACUGUGUAUGCCCCGUUGUGGUUGUUCGCUAUCCUGAUGAUGCUGCAGGUGCCGGUGGAGAUGCAGCAGGGGCGACAGAUGAGUUGCACACUGUACCAGAGGACGAACCUGUUUAUCACGAUGCCCCUGAGGUGCAGAAAGAAUUGUACCAGGACAAUACCAUCGUAGUGGCAGAGCUACAAGUGUACAUGAAAGUAUGGUGCAGAUACAUCUGCUUCUGCAUACUGCAUAUCUUCACUGUUGAUAUUGCUUUUUUAUUCCUUGUUUAA